AUGCAGAACGUGUACCACACCAGGAACUCAAAUCCUUCGCAGAAUUUGUCCCGUAAGGAGAUCAUAAAGUGGGUAAAUAAUGCCCUUAACAUCAAGAUCAAGGAGCUGGAGGCUUUGGGAUCCGGUGCUGAGUACUGUCGGCUAUUUAACCAACUCCGCCCUGGCAUCAUCAACCUUAAGAAGGUGAAAUAUGGUUCACGGCUCCAGUCGGACUUCCAGUCAAACUUAAUUUUGCUGCAGCGGGCCCUGCACAAGGUGGGCUUGGAAAAGGACAUUCAGAUAGGCAGGAUGAUUGUCGGUGGCCGUCGGGAGAACUUGGAUUUUGCACAGUGGUUCAAAAAGCUGUACGAUCGAAAUAUUCACCUGCAGGACACCGACAGCGUCAUGCAAAAUGUCUCGGAUCCCAGUAAAACAUCGUCCAGCUGUACGAUUGUUCCCUCUGAGAUGUACCGCCAGAGAUAG